CGCCCCAGCCCCCAACAUUCCUCUCUCCUCCCGAACCCUAACCAUCGAAAAGGGCUCGAGGCGACGAUCUGUCCCUCUGAAUUCACCGUUUCUUUCCAAUUCUCUCUGACACAAUCAAUCCUGAGCACGAUACACAGCCUAGGGUUUUUUGGUUCACAAUCUCCUGCUUAUCGUGUCUCCAGUUUUACAAGUACACAGAGAGAGGCAGAGAGACACUCAGUGCACAGAAAGGAUUCGGGAAAGCUCGAUUUCCCGAACGAGAUAAAUCUAAGCAUGGCAACUGCGGAGCCAGCCCCUGCUUCUGUUGGUCCCCGUUAUGCACCUGAUGAUCCUACUCUGCCAAAACCUUGGAAGGGAUUAAUUGAUGGAAGCACUGGGCUUUUAUACUACUGGAAUCCUGAAACAAAUAUUACUCAGUAUGAAAAACCAUCUCCAUUACCUCCUCCAUUACCACCGGGUAUGCCUCCCUCAGCUUCGACCCCUAAGCUGGCUCCUAUACCGGGGCCUCGGAUGGUUCCAGCUAAUGAUGUGGGCCAGCCAGGGCAGCAAAUGACUCAGACUCCACAACUCCAAGGACAACAAACAAGCUCUUUACAACAGUACCCACAGUUAUUGUCCCAAGUUGCUCAACAGCAGAGCUCACAGUUAGCACAAGCUGCACAACAACAGGGUGCACCGUUGGGACAGGCCAUGCAACAACAGGGAUCACAGUUGGGACAGGCCAUGCAACAGCCAGGACAUUUGACACCGCAACCACUUGGGCAACAAAAUAUGCAGCAGGCAAACCAGCAAGUGCUACUGCCGUCGGGGCAGCACAUGUCACAACAGUCAGCACAGCAAAUCCAACAGCAGUCAAUUCAGCAGCUGCAGGGCCAACAAGUGCCCAUUUAUCAAGGCCCCCAAAUGGGACAAUCACAAGGGCAUCAAUUUACACAGCAGAUGCAGUAUGUGUCUUAUCAGCAGGCAACCAUUCCACAGGGGCAACAAAAUAUGCAGCAACAGACUCAGCCUAUUAUGCAUGGGCAUCUGUUCCCCAAGCAGCAAGAGCAGAAAGCAGUAUUUCAGCACAGGGAGGAUAUUGAUUCUCAACAAGGAAAGCAAAUUGGAUUCUCACCAUCUCAGAUCCAACAACCUACUGGCCCUUCUGUUCAAGUUGUUCAUACAGGAACUAAUUCUGUUCCAAUGCAACAGAUGGGUGUUCAGUCUGGUCAAGCACAACAGUAUAGUGGAGCCUCUCUCAACAUGCAACAACCGGGCUCUGUGGUUCCACCGCUGCAAAGUGGAACUGACUUAGUUCAUCAGCAACAUGGUAUGAGGUAUCAGAACCAGUUGGACCCAGCAAGAAUGCACAAUCAACAGCCGAAUGUGGCCCCUGUCAAUUCACAGAUAGGUUUUGAAGAGAGUGUACCUAAAAGGGGUGGGGAUGACUAUUACUUGAGUGGUAGCAAUGAUAGGCUUGGUAUGGUCCCACAGCAGCCGAAGCUUGCAGCAAUACCUAUGGCAAGGAAUCACCAGGAUAUGAGGUUUGCUGGUCCUCCACUUCAAAACAUCACACCUGGUAUUGCUGGUGGACCAAAUUCUGCAUCGGGUCCUGCCUUGCAUAACAUAUAUGGUCAUUCAGUUGGUGGGCCACCAUUUCCAAGUAGUGCUGUGACAAGGCCUCCAAUGAACAUGGAACCUUCAGAUUGUUUUAAUCUCUCACCUGUUGAAGUCUACCGUCAGAAGCAUGAAGUUACAGCAACGGGUGGUAAUGUACCAGCUCCUUUCAUGACAUUUGAAGCCUCUGGAUUUCCUCCUGAGAUACUGAGAGAGAUACAUUUUGCCGGUUUCUCUUCUCCCACACCUAUUCAGGCACAAACAUGGCCAAUUGCACUGCAAGGUAGGGACAUAGUGGCUAUUGCAAAAACAGGAUCAGGAAAAACAUUGGGCUAUCUGAUCCCUGCGUUCAUUCUUCUUCGACAGCGCCAUAACAAUCCUCAGAAUGGACCAACAGUAUUGGUCUUAGCUCCGACCCGUGAGCUUGCCACGCAAAUACAAGAUGAGGCCAUUAAGUUUGGUAGAUCUUCUAGGGUAUCUUGCACGUGCUUGUAUGGCGGAGCUCCUAAAGGCCCCCAGUUAAAAGAAUUAGAUCGAGGAGCGGAUAUUGUUGUGGCAACUCCUGGUCGGCUCAAUGACAUUCUUGAAAUGAAGAAGAUUAAUUUUGCGCAAGUUUCUCUUCUUGUACUUGAUGAAGCUGAUAGAAUGCUCGACAUGGGUUUUGAACCGCAAAUACGCAAGAUUGUGAACGAGAUUCCUCCCCGCCGGCAAACUCUCAUGUAUACAGCAACCUGGCCCAAAGAAGUUAGAAAAAUAGCAAGUGAUCUUCUUGUAAAUCCUGCUCAAGUGAACAUAGGCAGUGUUGAUGAGCUUGAGGCAAAUAAAUCAAUUACUCAGUAUGUUGAAGUGGUCCCUCAAAUGGAGAAGCAAAGACGCUUGGAGCAAAUUCUCAGGUCUCAAGAACGGGGUUCUAAGAUCAUUAUAUUCUGUUCCACAAAAAAGUUAUGCGACCAGCUUGCACGUAGUAUUGGACGAAAUUUUGGGGCUGCUGCAAUUCAUGGAGACAAGUCUCAGGGCGAGAGGGAUUGGGUGCUGAAUCAAUUCCGAAGUGGGAAGUCCCCUAUUUUAGUUGCUACUGAUGUUGCUGCACGUGGACUUGACAUAAAAGACAUAAGGGUUGUGAUCAACUAUGACUUUCCAACUGGAGUUGAGGAUUAUGUUCACCGGAUUGGAAGAACUGGGAGGGCUGGAGCCACUGGAUUGUCAUACACCUUUUUCUCUGACCAGGACUGGAAGUAUGCUGCUGAUUUGGUAAAAGUUCUUGAGGGAGCUAAUCAGCGUGUGCCUCCAGAAAUAAGGGAGAUGGCUUUGCGUGGGGGUCCCAGUUUUGGCAGGGAUCGGGGAGGUGGCGCUGGGCCUAACCGUUUUGAUUCUGGUGGUGGUAUUAGUGGACGUUGGGACUCUGGUAGCCCUGUUGGAAUGAGGGAUGGUGGUUUUGGUGGCCGUGGUGGAAUGAGGGAUGGGAAUUUUGGUGGCCGUGGUGGAAUGAGUAACAAUUUUGGUGGCCGUGGUGGAAUGGGUAACAGUUUUGGUGGCCGUGGUGGAAUGAGGGAUGGCGGAUUUGGUGGCCGUGGUGGUAUGAGGGAUGGCGGCUUUGGUGGUCGUGGAGGGAUGCGGGAUGGCAGUUUUGGUGGCCCUGGUGGCGCUCAUGUUGGUUGGAAUAGGAAUGAAAGAGGAGGCCCAAAUGACAGAUACAACAAUACGGAUGGGCGUGGACGCGGUCGUGGCAGAUGGAGGGGGGGACGUUUCGAUAACAGAAGAGAUAUUGGAAGCCGGAGUAGGGGCAGGAGUUAUAGCUCUAGUCCUGAAAGGGUUCGAACAUGGGGUCAUAGCCGCAGCCGCAGCCGUAGCCGGAGUUGGAGUAGGAGCCGCAGCCGGAGCUGGUCACGCAGCCGUAGCCCCAGCCGCAGCUACAGCCGAAGCCGAAGCCGAAGCCGCAGCUAUGAAAGACAAAGGAGGCCCCGGAAGACAAAGUUUGAUCAGAUGGAACCCUCGGUGCCCGAGUUUGAUGCUGCUCCCCUGGAAACAGGGAUGUCUCCGAUGUCCCCAGGCACUCAGGGAAACGCAGCAUUGUCUGGAGGAGGCCCUGCGCUUGCGGUUGAGCCUGGCGUCGGUGGUGAGGCGGCGGCGGCGGCCGCAGCAGGACAUUCGGAAGCCGCACCAGAAGGCAAUCCAUUUGAUGAGGCAUCAUCUUAGAGGGGCAGGGCUCCUCAAUUGACAGCAGCAACUUAAUUGGGUGAAUUCAGUAAAUCGACUAUUAUGGGUUUUAGAGGCUUAUAUUAGUUUUCAAGUGUGGACUCAUUUACAGUGUCCAUGCUUAUUUUUUAUUUUUAUUUUUUGUUUUGUUUUGUUUUUGGGCAGGCUGGGGACCUUUUUCUACAUGUCUUUUUCUCUUUUUGUUUUGUUUUUUGAAUAUUGUUUCAUGAAACUAAGGAAUGAGAGAGAGAGAGAGAGAGAGGGUAGUGUUGUAAGCAGGAAGUGGUGUUGAUAAAAGACUUUGCUGCCAUCCUUUUAAACGCAUAUGAUGAUGAAAUUCUCUCUUUGAAA